AUGGCAACAACAGAAGCAGAAGACCCGCUCGCCAACCUCAGACAAGCCAUAACGGCUGAAGUCCUCCCCAUCCCCACCACCACCGCCGACGCAACCAAAGCGACCGACGCCGAACCCAACCUCGCAAAAGCCACCCACCUCCAGUUCAACCACAACGACCAGCACCGCUCCUUUCCCCUAUCAACACCAACCCGCUUCCUCUCAAACGGCAACCCCGUCGAUCUCCGCUCCGUCUUCCUCGCCUACCAGAACAAGAACACCGCCAUCCCGGACUACCUUGCCGCGACCCAGAAGCUGAAUGAAGAGCUCUCAGCACCCGGGGGGCUGGGCGGGAGGGUGCAGAACCUGGUCUUCAUCGAGAAGCUGGACCUGAUCCAGUGGCUAGAGGGCCAGUCCGACGAGAGCGAGAACGUCAAGCCGUUGGCUGGCGAAGCUGCGGUCGCUGCUGCACAGGCCGGAGGCGCUGCAGAUAUUGCGAGCGGCAAUGUGGGAGGUAUAGCGACUGUGCCGAGUGCAGGCGCCGCAGCUCGAGGACCGAAACAGGCGGAUCCAAGGCUGGUGGAGAUCUACAACGGCGAGCGGCGGCUGGGGGAUAGCAACAGCAUUCUUCGAGGCAUCAAGCCUACGGACUUCUCCCACGUCCGCAAACACGCCGAAGCCUUCCUCUCCCGCACGCGCCCCCGCCCCUCCGGUCCCACCGUCCCUGCCAGCAGCAGCAGCGCCCCAAACCCCGCGCUCGUCUCGAACCUCAAGAAGCCCGUCACACGGCCCGGCCGCCGCAUUGAGCCCAUAAUCCUUUUGUCCCCCUCCGCAUCCUCGCUUCUUCGCAUGAGCAACAUAAAGUCCUUCCUCGUUGACGGUCUCUACGUGCCUCCGGACUCCUCCUCGGCCUCUGCCAACCUGCUCCACAUCACCAGACUACUACCGAGCAUUGAUCCCAACCGACCGCUGCGGUUUAUCAUCGUAGACGGCACGGAGCAGUUCAAGCCGGAUUACUGGGACCGCGUUGUUGCGGUGUUUACGACUGGACAGACGUGGCAGUUCAAGAGCUACAAGUGGACGCAGCCGGCCGAAUUGUUUAGCCACGCGCUGGGCAUCUAUGUUGGGUGGCGCGGGGAGGAUGUGCCGGGCGUGGUGAAGGGGUGGGGCAGGGGCGUGGUCGCGGCGCAGAUCGAUAAGUGGAGCGGUGCGCAGGGCACGAGUAUGCGGUGGCGGGACAGGGAGGUUGUGGAGGGGCUUUGGGGGGCGAUUGAGGAGGGGAUGAGGGCGAGGGGGUGGGGGAAGGAUGGGCCGCGGUGA